UGUCCUGAGGGUUGGACAUAUAACGGUCGUAAUUGCUACUGCGAUAAUUUUGUUCUCCGUAGAGAGUGUCCGAGUGGAUGGCAUCGUAUUGAAAACAAUUGCUAUUUAUUGAAUCGUGGAACAGUCAACUACCAAACUGCAACUCAAACAUGCACAGCGUUCAAUUCACAGGUCGUGUCUUUCGAUAGUGAAGACGAAGCGAUUCGAGUUAAUGUGGAAUAUUUGCAUGACAGUAGCGUUGGUAGCGACAGGUGGUCGAAUGCAGAAGUCGGCGCUUGGAUUCACGACCAAAUCACUAAAUGUUUCGGUAGCCGGCAACCUGACGAAACGAGAUCUCCCGGAAUGUUCAUCCAUACAGCCGGUUUGAAUUCGCUCGACAAAUCGCUGACUGCCGAAACAUUCGGCGAUCUACCGAUUGCCAGGAAUAAUUACGGUGGUUCUGGUCGGCAUUCAACUACAUGA